UCUGGCCAUGACAAAAUUCUGGUAUUCAUCGACGAUUGAUCGAACAUGCUAGCUCUGAUUCUAUACAAUGUUCCCUUCCCAUCCCCAUUCAGGAUCUCUUGCGUAUCAUUUUUUCUUCUUACUAGGUCCUUUUCCGUAAUGCUCUCCUUUUGCAUGCAAUGCACCUUAUCUCAUCUCAUCUCGUCUCGUCUCCGGAAUGAGGCUUUACUUCCUAAUGCAGGAUUUACUAUCUCUUCUUCUUCUCCUGAUUCUUCAUCAUCUCUCUAUGUUUGGAGUUAUACUAGGUACUCCCACCCCCCUUCUUCCCCCUUCGUGUUGUGCUUUGCAAAUCUACUUCGGUUUAAAAGCGCCCCUAUUAGGUAUGUAGGUACCGGCAAGAAUAAUAAAAAAGAAUAAGGAAGACUACCUAGACGGAAAUAAUCUAUUUCAGCUGAACCCGGGCGGGUUGGGUUGAUCGUGGGGUUCAGUUAUAGUCAACCAAAAAGCGUGGGGAUCUAUCUCGACGAGCAACGCCAUAUCUAUCUUAAUCGGGUAGAGGAAAGGGAGGACCAAGAUGUAGUAGAACCUGACUUUAUAUACCC